AUCUAGAAACCCCUACUCUUUUUACUUUUGUUUGUACAGUGCGUGGUAUUUUCAUCUUUGGAGGAGAUUUGAUUUGGGGAUUAAGAGUACAUAGAGAAAUUCCCAGCACUAUCAUGGAUGCGACAAGGAGUCCAAUUAACAUCCACGACUUUAUACUAAAAUCAUACACAGAGGCUAAAGCAUUAUCGGAUUCCAAUUUGGAAGUGGUGUUUGAUGAGGAACAUGUGACACCAUCGAAAGGACAUGGCCAACAAAAAUGCACGAAUUUAGUGUAUCCCUUUGCAGCUUCUCAACUCUUUGAAGUUCCAAUUAAAGAAAGCAAAGUCUUGCUCGAAUCAAAUCCUGAGGAGAAUAUCAAUAAAUCAAUUGCCGAAAUAACAUUAAAUAUUGAAAAAACCGGCAUAAGUUGGCAACCUGGUGAUACAAUAGCUAUUCUGCCCUGUAAUCCCAGAAAAGAAGUCGAAAACUUGUUGUACAACUUGGAUUUGAACGAUGAAGCUGAUGUGAAGUGUCACAUUAAAGUUAAUCCUUUGUGUACAAAGAAAACAGUAAAAGUGCCAAUGCACAUACCCUCCACAAGUACACCACGGGAAUUAUUGAGAGAUUGCAUCAACAUUAGAGGUGUACUCAAGAAACAGUUAUUAAGUAGUCUAGCCAAUUAUUGUAGUGAUAAUGACGAAAAAUCAUUUCUUAAAUGUUUAUCCUCAAAAGAAGCCACGACAUUGUACAAUGAUUUGAUAAUGAGCAGAGGUUUUACGCUGCUGGAUAUUUUGGAAAUUUGCCAUACAUGUAGGCCACCUCUGGCUCUACUCAUAGAACACUUACCCAGACUUUUGCCCCGGCCCUAUUCUAUUGCAAAUAGUCCCUUGGUGGAUGACAAAGAAAUACAAAUAAUUUUUUCCAUCCUGAACGACAAACCUGGUGUGGCAACAAGUUUUCUAAUGGAAAAAAUUCAAGAAGAAAAUCCUACAAUCCUCAUGUAUUUAAGAGAGGCCAACACAUUCCGUUAUGUGGAAGAAGAUUAUGGCAAAAAUCAAAUAUUGAUAGCUGUUGGAACGGCAUUGGCACCAUUUUUGGGUUUCCUGCAACACAAAGAGCAACUCGCCGGACAAGAAUCAAAUAUUCCAAGUGGACAAACUUGCUUAUUUGUUGGGGCCACCAAAGAACAAGCGAUACUUCAUAGAGAUCACCUAGUAAAGUGGAAAACAAAAAAUAUUCUAAAUACAUUUUCGGAAGCCUUUUCGCGUUCUUCUCAGCCUCAAUAUGUACAGGAUGUGCUGUUAGAAAAUUCUGCCAAUAUUGUGGAACUGUUGUUGCAACCAGAUACGGUGCUCUAUCUAUGUGCAGAUGGUGGAGAAAUCUCCAAGAGUAUAGAAACAUGUUUGUGUCGAAUAUUCCAUGAAAAAUUACAAAUUUCCGAAACGGAAGCUGGGCAAAUGUUGAAAGAUUACAAAGCCCAGGGAAAAUACAGAGUUGAUGUAUGGCUUUAAAACUGAUAUCUUUUUUGUUAGAACAAUUGUUAUGUAAUAUAUUUUUAUACAUAUUGAUGAAAAAUAUAUAAAUUAUUAAAAUAUAACUAAGGCGUUUUA